AUGGUGGCUCCUGUCGUGGCUAACCUGGGGCCCCUGGAGGACUUGACACUGACCCCCAACCCCGAGGAGGUGGAGGAGGUCUUCACCGUGCCCCUGGAUCACCUCCUGCGGGAGGAGAACCAGGGCUACACCCACUUCCGCACUGCCGGCCGCUACAGCUACACCCUGCCCGUCUUCCUCAACGGACCCCACAAGGUCUGGGGGCUGACGGCCAUCAUCACCGAGCUGACGCUGGAGCUGCUGGCGCCCGACCGUUACCGCAGGAAGACCCACAUGCUGGCCCGCAGCCCCUCGGCUCGGCCCCUCAAGGGGAGCUCAGCCUGA